GACGCCCCGCCCCCUUUCUGCCUCUUAGAGCGUCAGUGCUGGAGGAACCUUCCAUUCGGAGAGAGUCUACAGUAACUGCAGAGGUUUUCGGAACUUUGCAGGCAGAGGCUAGCUGGUCCAUUGUCUGCAAGCCACGCCACGUCUGCUGCUGGCCUGCGACACCCCUAGACUCAGGAAGACUAUUCCCCCAGCGGCACCGAUACCCCAACUUUUGAUUCGCGGUCUGCGUUGUCUACCUAGGUGCCCAGCUACAGUGCCCGGGGGCGCGCAUCUUCUGGAAACAGCCCAGCUCACACAGCCCAGCUUGCUCUUCUUUCCCACAAGAGUGAGGGGCUGGGUGCCUGAUCCGGGACCACACAAGCCCUCGGGCGGAACUGCCUUCGAGAAAGGUUAAGCCCAGAAGCUCCGAGCCUCUUACUCCAAACCAUAGUCGGUUCAGGUGUUUUCUCUCUCCAAAUCCUGCGUCUGGCGGGGAUCAUCCGCGAGGCCGGGCGGUGAGCGUGGGGUCCCUGUCGCCCCGUCGGAGUGGCAGACCAUGGCCGGCUGCUGCUGUCUGUCUGCGGAGGAGAAAGAGUCGCAGCGCAUCAGCGCCGAGAUCGAACGGCAGCUUCGCCGCGACAAGAAGGACGCGCGCCGUGAGCUCAAGCUGCUGUUGCUGGGAACUGGUGAAAGUGGGAAGAGUACCUUCAUCAAGCAAAUGAGGAUAAUCCAUGGGUCUGGCUACAGUGAUGAAGACAGAAAGGGCUUCACUAAGCUGGUUUACCAAAACAUAUUCACCGCCAUGCAAGCCAUGAUCAGAGCGAUGGACACCCUGAGAAUACAAUAUGUGUGUGAGCAGAAUAAGGAAAAUGCCCAGAUCAUCAGGGAAGUGGAAGCGGACAAAGUCUCUGCACUCUCCGGGGACCAGGUGGCAGCCAUCAAGCAGCUGUGGCUGGAUCCGGGAAUCCAGGAGUGUUACGACAGGAGGAGGGAGUACCAGCUGUCAGACUCGGCUAAGUAUUACCUGACUGACAUUGACCGAAUCGCCAUGCCCUCUUUCGUGCCAACACAACAGGAUGUGCUUCGUGUUCGAGUGCCCACCACUGGCAUCAUAGAGUAUCCAUUUGACUUGGAAAACAUCAUCUUUCGGAUGGUGGAUGUUGGUGGCCAGCGAUCUGAACGACGGAAAUGGAUUCACUGCUUUGAGAGUGUCACCUCCAUCAUUUUCUUGGUUGCUCUGAGUGAAUAUGACCAAGUUCUGGCUGAGUGUGACAAUGAGAACCGUAUGGAAGAGAGCAAAGCCUUGUUUAAAACCAUCAUCACCUACCCUUGGUUUCUGAACUCAUCUGUGAUUUUGUUCUUAAACAAGAAGGAUCUUUUGGAAGAGAAAAUCAUGUACUCUCAUCUAAUUAGCUAUUUCCCAGAAUACACAGGACCAAAGCAAGAUGUCAAAGCUGCCAGGGACUUUAUCCUGAAGCUGUAUCAAGACCAGAAUCCUGACAAAGAGAAAGUCAUCUAUUCUCACUUCACAUGUGCUACAGACACUGAGAAUAUCCGCUUUGUGUUUGCUGCUGUCAAAGACACAAUCCUACAGCUAAACCUACGGGAAUUCAACUUGGUGUAAAUGGUGUGGCGCACUCCUCCCAGACGGAGGGUGAUCUGAGCUCUUCCCGCCUGUUCCACAAGUGCUUUUGACCACCUCGGCCAGGCUCCAAGGACAUUAUGUAGCCCAUAAGGACAGAGAUAGGUAGUGUAACUUAAAAGGGUUGGUAAAGCAAACAUCUUUCAAGUGUCUUUAAUUCUUGAUUGUCUUUUCGUUUCUUACUGUUUGGAUGUAAGGUUUAGGCAUAAAUUUUGAGUUUGGUAGUUCAUAGGAUUUUAGAAGGCCACUGUGAUCCUCCUGCCCCCCCCCCCCUUUUUAAACUGGAAGUGUUCAACAACUAUUAAAAAUCACAUUACAGAGGGGACUUGUUAAUUUACAGAUCAUGCUUUCAGACCUCUAGGAUUAAUUUGGGUGACUAAAACAUCUUAAUAGGCAUGAUGGUUUUAAAAUAAACCUUAAAAGACAUUUUUUAUAGUUAAGAGCA